CUUCAAGUGACACGCUUCGAGUUCGACAUCAAUGUUGUCCUGAGACUCCAACGCCUCCACCGUCGCACCUUCUCCCCGUUGCCUCAGCCCGCAAUCAGUCUCUUGCCGUGCCUGAAUAAUCUCGCGCCAUCGCCAGAUCCACUCUUCCCACACACCGCCCGAGCCCUUAGCCUGCCUCCGUCUCCGCCUCGACGCCUGGUAUAACAAAACCCCCGCCGCCCGCCCGCCAGAUGCUCUUCUCUUGUCGUAGCUACUGGUAGCUCGCUGCGCGAAACUCUCCACAGUCGUUAUACCUUCACUUCAACCUCCACCGCCGGGUCGGUUUACUCGUCCUCUCUUUUAAUUCCUUCUUUUAAGAGUCCAACACACUUCAGUCCGCCAUGGGGAAGCUAAUCAAGAACCACUGGGCCCGUCUAAUUAUCUUGACAGCUGCUGCUUACCAAGUCGGCGCCGGCUUCCAUAGCUUCUUCUAUCCCAAGAUCUUCUGGGACUUCCUGACAAAGAACCUCGACGGCGCCGUCAAGCCUAUUCCCGCCCUGCAGAUAAUAAAUCUGCUCCUCGGCAUAUGUGGAGUGUGUUACGAAUGGCCGCUCACCUUCAUCGCCGGCACUGCUGUCCAUCGUUCAAUUGAGGCCCGCCUCAUCAUCUACCCUCUAAGUGCUCUUGCAGCAGUCCUGUUGUAUCAAGGAACGAAUGCCGCUUUAUACUAUAUAAUUGGUAUGGGUGUGUACUUUUGGGCCUACAGCGAGAGCGAGACUGUCUGCCCGGAACCAUGGACCUUGCCUAAGCGCGGAUCAACAAGAAGGAACGCAGUCUGAAUGAUCCUCAUUUCUACGAUAGACAUGUUACGCGAGGGCACGUGGAUGAACCAUUUCAAUCAAUCAUAAGGGCUCGUUUCUCACUCAUCAACUCAUUUCUCUAUAUCGAUACCAUCUCAUUCCGCUUAAGUGUGCCGCACAGCGGGAGGCGUUUUUUGGGUUGCACGGAGAGCCAAAGGACAAGACUUGGCUGGCAUUUUCCCUAUUUUCAACCCCGUUACUCUACAUAAAGUCUUUUAACUAUUCAACUGUAGUAGUUUUACUUCGGCCGUGGAUGCAUGUAACGCAGUGCCAGCUCAAAAUGCAAGAUAACCAGUGCU